AUGAGGACCCCGGUGCUGGCGCUGCUGCUGCUGCCCAGCACCCUGCUGUGCCCUGCCACUGCUGCACUGCGUGUUGGUGCCUUCAACAUCAGGGCGUUCGGUGACACCAAGAUGUCCAACAGGGAAGUGGCAGAUGUCAUCACCGGGAUCCUGAAACGCUACGACGUGGUGCUGGUGCAGGAGGUGCGGGACUCGGAUCUCAGCGCUGUCACCGACCUGAUGGAGCAGCUCAACAGUGUGUCCACGUCCCCGUAUGACUAUGAGAUCAGCAAACCCCUGGGGCGGGAGAACUACAAGGAGAUGUACCUCUUCAUCUACAGGACAGAUGUUGUGUCUGUGGUGGGUACCUACCAGUACGAGGACCCCCAGGAUGUCUUCAGCCGGGAGCCCUUCAUCCUGAGGGUCUCAGCGCCCCACACCAAGGCGAAGGAGUUUGUGCUGGUGCCACUGCACUCAGCCCCCCACGACGCUGUCGCCGAGAUCGACGCGCUCUACGAUGUCUACCUGGCCAUUGUCAGCAAGUGGGAGACUGAUAACAUCAUGUUCCUGGGGGACUUCAACGCCGACUGUGCCUACGUGCAGGCAGGGGACUGGUCCUCCAUCCGCCUGCACACCAGCCACCUCUUCAAGUGGCUGCUCCCCGAGGGCACCGACACCACCGUGGGGAGCUCGGACUGCGCCUACGACAGGAUCGUGGUGUGCGGGGCCAGGCUGAAGAGGAGCAUCGUGCCCAACUCCGCCGGCGUCUACGACUUCCAGCGCGCUUUCCGGCUGAACCAGGAGGAGGCCCUGGCAGUCAGUGACCACUACCCAGUGGAGGUGCAGCUGGUGUCAGACAGGAGGGAGGAUGCCCAAGGACUGGUGGGCUGGGGCCACAGCAGCAUCAAGACCCUCUCCCUGUCCCGUUUCCCGGGGGAGCCGAGGGGGCAGCUCUCCCUGCUGUCGGGAAAGGCAGCGGUGGUGACAGGCACUCUACGGGGACCCAGGGGCAGGAAGGGGUGGUCGGGGUGGCCACAGGAGCAGGCAGCACCUCACCAGCUGCUGGCACUGCAGAUGGCUUCACUGUGA